UACACAACCGUUUGGCCCGCGUCCCCCACUCACCCGAAAUACAACAGUCUCGUUCGAUUUUCGCCGUGUGUAGACGUUUAGGUCAAUUCCCUAAAUUUAAUACCGUAAUAUCCUUUGUCCUGAUUAAUUUACCUUUAUUUACAAGAAUACAUUAAUUACUCAAAACCAAUCGUAAAUUCACCCUUUACGUUAUUAACUGGUAAAAUUGACAGGUGCCCGUCGUUCGUGUUGUGUGCGUUUAAUCAGUGAUUCCCGCAUAGUCGUUCGAGCAUGAAUAAUAUAGAAGUAACCGGUAACAGCGUCGCGUGUCAACCGGGAAGAGCUUGGUGAUCGGGGCAGUGUCGGAGUUGAGGUUAACGUGUAAUGUUGAUGAGUCUGCGGUGACGACGAGACGCGGAGUGGUUGGAUGGCGGCAGUAAGCGGCCCCGCGCGGCACUCUCGCGUCUCCAUGAGUGUCUCCAUGUCGCUGAUGCAGGGCGGUACCCAGAGUGCGCCGCAGGGCGCCAUCCUGGCGGCAGCGGCGCCCUACUAUCAGACACCGGCCAUUCCGACCGAUGUGCAGCCCGAUAGGCCCAUAGGAUACGGCGCAUUUGGAGUAGUAUGGGCAGUGACGGACCCUCGUGAUGGGCGGCGUGUUGCCCUCAAGAAGCUGCCCAAUGUGUUCCAGUCGCUCGUCUCCUCCAAGCGCGUCUUCCGCGAGCUAAAAAUGCUGUGCUUCUUCAAACAUGAAAACGUACUCUCGGCGUUGGACAUCCUUCAGCCGCCGAGUCUCGACUUCUUCCAAGAAAUUUAUGUAAUCACCGAGCUUCUUCAGAGCGACCUGCACAAGAUCAUCGUCUCGCCGCAACACCUCUCAGCUGACCACAUCAAAGUAUUCCUCUACCAAAUACUCAGAGGCUUAAAAUACCUACACUCGGCGAGAAUCCUGCAUAGAGACAUCAAGCCAGGCAACCUGCUGGUGAACAGCAAUUGUGUUCUCAAGAUCUGUGACUUCGGGCUGGCGAGGGUCGAGGAACCGGACUCCACCAAAAACAUGACUCAGGAGGUCGUCACACAGUAUUAUAGGGCACCAGAGAUUCUGAUGGGCGCAAAUCAUUACACGGCAGCGGUGGAUGUCUGGUCGGUUGGAUGUAUAUUCGGCGAACUGCUUGGCAGGCGAAUUCUGUUUCAAGCUCAGAGUCCCGUACAGCAGCUGGAGUUAAUAACAGAACUUCUGGGUACGCCGUCGUUGGAGGAUAUGCGAUACGCUUGCGCCGGUGCGCGUGCGCACAUGUUGCGUCGUGCGCCUCGCCCGCCAGCUCUGGCUGCCCUGUAUACGCUGUCUGUACAGGCCACGCAUGAGGCAGUUCAUUUGCUUGCACAGAUGCUAGUCUUCGAUCCGGCGAAACGAAUCUCUGUUGUCGAUGCGCUCGCGCAUCCGUAUCUCGAGGAGGGGCGGCUGCGGUACCACUCUUGCAUGUGCAAAUGUUGCUACAACGCCCCGCCGGCUGCGAGACAUUAUUCACCGGAUCUCGAACCCGUAGCACCCCACGCCUUCCACGACGGCUGGGAGAGGAAGCUUACUUCUGUACAUCAAGUUAAAGAGGAGAUCCACAAAUUCAUAGCGGAGCAGCUGCAGACGUCACGUGUGCCGUUGUGCAUCAACCCACAGUCCGCCGCGUUCAAGAGCUUCGCAAGCUCUAGACCGAGUACGAAAGCAAAAGUUUGUUCCCCUUUCAAGACAGCGGCAAAAAUACUUCUCCUCUCGCCUGUGAUAUUUCUGUGCGCUGCGUAGUACCACUCGACAGUCGCACACCCGUCGGAGCUGCCGCCGUCGCCUCAUCAGUGGGAAUGACGCGAGUCUAAGCGUGGCUUCGACAAGCGACGCGCUCUUUACACCGACGCACGAUAAUUCACCGGUUUAGCCUAAAGCGCAAUACGUGUUGUAGCCAAUUGUAAUACAAUUUUCAUAACUCACGGCGAAACUGACUACAACCAGUAUUGCGAUAUGUCGGCUAUCGUAACGAUAACGUUAGAAACGUUAAACUAGCGUCGAUAGUGAUAGUGAAUAUAGUAUAUGCAUGUUUUUGUCACGGAUGUACAAUUUAUAACACCAAUAAAUGUUAGCUUUCAUUGUAUUAUGUAUAUCAAUGGAUAGAAUUAGAAUUCAUAAUUGCAAGUGACUCUAUUAUACGCAUUUUGUAUUCAGACUGAAGGCAAAUACAGACCUCAGUAUUAAUUGUAUUGUAAAUAUAACUAAGGUUCGUAGUGAUAUAAAAAAGACAUGCAUAGAAUGAAACGACGGAAUAGUGGAAGCGUGUCGCGCGUAAACAUAUUACCAAAUAUAUUUUCCUGACAUUACGUAUUACAUGUAGCGGUGUACGUUGGUAGAUUAGGGUUUAAUCUUGGUGUGAGAGAAAUGGGGAAAGGAUUGUUUGAAUGACUUCGUGCGGAUUCAGCCUAUAUCGGAUAUUGCAAAGUAGUAAAGGCAAUGCUUUUUAGGGAUAGUUAUCAUCUUUAGAAGUUAUACAUGGGUCGAUUCCGAUUGGAAUUGUCAGGUGGUUGUAACAACCAAAUUCCGCUUGGGAAUUCUCUGGCGAUUCCGAUCGGAAAUAGAUAAAUUGAUAGCCGAUUUGAUAGGUUUUUGGUGUGUGCCUGAUUGAUUUGUGAAAGUUGCGAGCAAUAAAUGUUGCAAUAUAUUAGUCGUUGAUUAAAAUGAACGUUGUAACGAUUUCUUUACUUAAUUGUUUAUUCUCUCAUUGUAUGUAACAUUGACUGACAUUUUGAGUAGUUUAGAAUUUAGGUGUAAUUGUCUUUAUUUACGAUUUAUACUGAUUGAAAUUUCAAAUUUGGUUGAUGGUAGGUAGAAAUUUACAUUAGAGAUUUUUUUCUCGAUGAAAAUUUGUAGCUACCCUUCGACUGUACGUGACCUUUUGUAAUUAUUUUCAAGCAUUUAUUAUUAGUAGUAUAUAAUUAUACUAAUGUGUGUUAGUGUGCGUCGACGUUUGUGUAUUUAAUUGGCCAACACUAUAAUCGUUUUAAGUAUUCAAAAUUAAUCUUCGAGACUACACACAUGUUUUGCGCGGUACAUAAUUUGAGGGAGUAUCGAGUUGAACAUAUGUGUAGUCACUUGUGUUUGUGUAGUCUAGUAUCUCGAUAUUAUAUUAUGUAAUGGAGUCCCAAGAAAUCAUUCGUAGCCUUAAAUGUAGUUCAAAACUAUAUAAAAGAUUUAAAAGUAACUAAUUUGUAAAUAAUCUCGUAGUUUUAGUAUGGAAUGGGAAACUGGAAACCAAUAGGUUGGCGGACUUUCUGUAUCGACACACGUGAUAAUAGACCUUAUGGCUUUGUGAAUUAGAUCUCAUAUAGAAAAGUGUGUUCGUACAGGGUUACGUCUAGAUGGUACAAAACAGCCGAUCUGCGAUACUAUUAGUACACGUGAGUUCUAUGAAGAGGUUUAAACUUAAACGAUAGGUAGUUAAAAUGAUUUGAAUUCGUUUGUUCGUAACGUGUACGUAAUAGUGUACGCUAGAUAGCGGUCACACCUUGCCUUACAGAUAACUGUUACUGUGAUCCUAAUACAGCCUCCAAGCUGCCGCGUGCGCGUACAUAUACGUAGUAUACGUAUGUACGUACGCUUCAAUCCGAUUGCGGAAGAUUUCUUCGGAACGUCUGACUCAAUCGAGAACAAAUACAAUUACCUGAUAGAUUAAUCGAUUAUUGCUGUACAUAGAAUUCGAAUUCAACGCUUCUUAAUAUGUACAUAAUUUCGUUUCCAGACUGUUAGAGAUCUCGUAUGUUGUUUUAAGUAAUUUUCCAUUUAGCACACAAGGUGAUUUAGUUUAGACAAUUAGUUUUGGUCAGUCAUUUUUUUUAGGUUUAAGCGCUGAUCGCUAUCGAGGCAGAUUAUGUAAAUAUUAGCAAAUAAUAUUAGUUUUUACAUUUACAAACUGCCUCUGCUCUUAGUCGCGUAUUCUUCGUAUUAGUUAAGGUAACUUUUAAAUAGAAAAAUGA